AUGGUUUCUCGACGGCCGCUCUUGCGAUUAUGGCUUACACUCUCAGCCAUUCUUCUAGCCCUAAGUUCUUCGGGUACAGCGACUGGCAUUUCCUUUGACUUGGACAGUGUUGACUCCAUCAAAUCCGCCGCCAGCACGGUGGCCUACGACCUUGUUUCCUUCUACACCGGCAACAAUACUGGCGAUGUGCCGGGCAACCUGCCUUCACCGUACUAUUGGUGGGAGGCCGGUGCGUUCUUUGGAGCGCUUGUCAACUACUGGGCAUAUACGGGCGACACAACCUACAACAAAAUCACCCGCGAAGCCAUGGUCCACCAAGCUGGCACAAAAAGUGAUUUUAUGCCACUGAAUCAGACAUACACCGAGGGGAACGACGACCAAUGCCUUUGGGCAAUUAGUGCUAUGAUGGCCGCGGAGCGCAACUUCACAAACCCAUCUUCCUCCCAGCCUGGCUGGCUGGCCAUGGUGCAGGCUGUCUUCAAUGAGCAGGCCCAUCGGUGGGACACAUCGACUUGUGCGGGUGGUUUGCGCUGGCAGAUAUACACUUGGAAUUCCGGCUACACUUAUAAAAACAGCAUCGCCAAUGGAUGUUUCUUCAACAUUGCUUCCCGACUGGCCCGGUACACGGGUAAUGAUAGCUACGCGCAAUGGGCAACCAAGGCCUGGAACUGGACUGAAACCAUGGGUUUGCUGGGCUCAAAUUAUGAAGUUUUCGAUGGGUCGAGCGAUACAGAAAAUUGCUCUUCUCUAGACCGGACUCGAUGGUCGUACAACGCUGGCGUAUAUCUUCAUGGGGCCUCGGUGAUGUAUAACUAUACUUCUUCCAGCUCAAACAGUACUUCAUCUACCUGGAAAUCGCGAUUAGAUCGACUGAUCUCCGCAUCAUCCCACUUCUUCUCUUCCAACUCAUCUGGCGAGAAUGUCAUGUACGAGCCUGCCUGUGAGACGAAAGGUGACUGCAACACGGAUCAACUCUCUUUCAAAGCUUACCUCUCUCGUUGGAUGGCCGACGCGACUCAGUUUGCGCCCUACACUUAUGACACGAUCAUGCCCAAGCUCCGAACCACGGCGCAGGCGGCUGUAUCCCAAUGCCAAGGCGGCACUACUGGCACUUACUGUGGCUUUCGUUGGUCAUCUGGUACCUACGAUGGAACUACUGGCGUUGGGCAGCAGAUGGGUGUUCUUGAAGCUCUUCAAAGUCUCCUUGCUGCAGAUUCCAAUGGUCCCUUGACCUCAUCUACUGGCGGAACUAGCAAGGGAAAUAGUGCUGCUGGCACGAGCCCCGACGAAACGAGUAAUGCAAUAAGGGCUCCGAUCACUGCUGGGGACAGGGCUAGGGCGGCUAUAGUGACCGCAGUCGUUGUUGGUCUUAUGCUUAGUGCUGUGUAUGUCAUGAUUUCAUGA